CAAAGUUUCUUUAAAGGUGAGCUUCUCAGGAGGGUGAAAUUUUGCGAUCGAGAGUCAGAAUUGUCCUAAUUUUUUUCAAGAUGUCAGGAGGAGGAAAGGAUAGGCUGAACAUUUUCCCCUCAAGAAUGGCCCUAACCUUGAUGAAAGCUCGACUGAAAGGAGCUCAGAAAGGACACAGUCUUCUAAAAAAGAAAUCCGACGCUUUGACGAUGCGUUUCAGAAAAAUUCUUAAAAUGAUCAUAGAGACCAAAACUUUGAUGGGUGAUGUAAUGCGAGAGGCUACUUUCUCUUUGGCCGAGGCAAAUUUUGCUGCUGGGGAUUUCAGCUAUGUAGUUUUGGAGAAUGUUGACAAGGCUCAAACUAAGAUUCGCCUCAGAAAAGACAAUGUUGCAGGUGUCCAGUUGCCAAUCUUUGAAACUUAUGCAGAUGGCGCCAAUAGUUAUGAGUUGACUGGCUUAUCACGUGGUGGUCAACAAGUUUCAAAAUGCCAGGAAGUCUAUGCAAAAGCUGUUAAACUACUUGUUGAGCUGGCUUCUUUACAGACUGCUUUCAUUACUCUAGAUGAAGCAAUCAAAAUCACAAACAGAAGAGUGAAUGCUAUUGAGUAUGUUAUCAUUCCCAAAAUUGAAGCAACAAUAACCUACAUCAUAGGGGAAUUGGAUGAAAGAGAGAGAGAAGAAUUUUACAGGCUUAAGAAAAUUCAGGAAAAGAAGAAGAUUAAUAAACAAAAGGCAGAAGCAUUAAAGAAAGCUAAAGGAAUAACUAAUGAUCAAACAGCAAAUCUACUUGACGAUGCAGAGGAUGAAGACCUUCUUUUUAAGUAGUGUCUAUGAAAUGAUUCACAGUGCCUAAGAACCUGAAUUUUAUUGUAGCUGUGAUGAAUUACAAGUUAAUUAUUACAAGAUUAUUGUAAGUUGUACCUAUAUGUACACCGAACAGAUGAGUGGAAGGGGAAUCAUCCUUCAUUUUUAUGAUUGCAUGAAUCUUUGAAGAGGUAACUACAUGUAAUAUAAUUUUACCAGGUUGUGUAAUGAUGGUGUGAAUACAAAUUUAUAGUUUGAAGGAAAACAUGUAGGAGUAUGUGUGCCUCUCUAUCUGCAACUACAUGAAGUUGAAUAUGUCUAAAAAAAAGUGGAGUGGUUUAACCCUGUAUCUUACUGAUAACAACUGAGUAUGAACAACGUACCAUUUUCUUUUAAGUUGAAAUAUAUGAUAUGUAAUUAAAAAAUAAUGUUUCAAUGUCAAAAUAAUUUAAUUUUUUAAUAGGCACCAUUUUGGAUUGCACUGUAGAAUCCCACUACUGUAACUGCAAUGUGGUUAACCCGUCCUCCUCCUGUUAACUCAAACAAGAUCUGAUUUCAGUUAUGUACUAUCACCUUACUGGAACCCCCAUUAAAUAGAACCAUUUUUGUU